AUGAAUCCUCACAUAUUGAGAGCCCAUGAGGGUGGCCAGGGGUCUUCAUCGUUGAGUGUAUCGGAGUUUCCUCCAUACCUGACAAUCGAAGAGGAAGACCAAAUCAGUCAACAGUUCCAAAGGGACACAUGGGGUCGCAACCGCCAAGUCAUGUGGAGCGGAGUGCCACGCGAACUAGCUCAGGAGUGGGCAGACGAAUGA